AUGUUGAUUGCACCAGUUAGGCCAGCCGAGUUUCGACGAGCCAGAGUGAGUUACAAAAAGUUUGGCUGGUUCGUAACCAUCCGCUUUCUUCCUGUUCCCCAACGCACCCAAACGGAAAGUUCCGUCGAAGUUCGGGUGCACUUUAAAUAUAAACGCUAUUAUUCAAACUGUUCAUGAGAAAUCAUUCCACGAUUUCCAUCCACAAACGAGCCUACGUGCAGUUUGUAAAGGAACAGAAUCGGCGUGCUUUAAUAAAAAAUUCAAAAAAUUGACGGGCUUCGGCUAAAAAAGGCAAAAAAUCAACAAGGUUUAGCGGAAAAGUGAACAAAUCAAGUGCUCUGUGGUAAAUCAUUAAAAACUUGCUGAUUCGAGGGUUGAUUCACGUUGAUUCGGCUACAGUUCGCAACACUUUUUUUAUGUAUUGUAUUGUAGCGAUUUGGUUUUUUUGGGUAAAAAGUUAAAUUUUUUAACUGUCAAGGCAAAAUGAUUAUGAUUUGUGGAAAUAUGAAAAUUUUUUAACGCAUAAUUUUUUACUGUGAUUCUAAUCACUUUUUACUGUAUAUUCUAAUAACAAGACUACGGGAUAGAUGUUGCAAAAUGUAGCUUUUCUGUCGAAGUUUGUUGAUUUUUUGACUUUUUUCAUCAAAGAACGUUAAUUUUUGAAUUUUUACUAAACCACGCUGAUUUGUUCCCUUCAUAAUCUGCACGUAGGCUCUUUAAGCAUAUAAUGUUUGGUUUGGGAGACGAUUUCUUUUAAAUAUCUCUAAUAUUUUGACUGUUAAAAAAUUUUUAAGGUGUGGUAGAACUUGCACGCGUAUUUUUGUUUGGGUGUGUUGAGAAAAAACUGAAAAUCAAAUGUUUAAAGGACUAUGAAACGUCCUCUCAGAAUGUUGGCGUUCUGGAGUCUUUAUAGUUAUCAUUUAAUAAUACACAGAACGACUUAUUUUUAACAGCAGUUCUUGCAGACGGAACCCUCGGAACGCCAAAGCGCACAUUCGUCCGAGGAUGCGGGCGAAUCCGGCUCGGUCCCGCUGGACGGAUCGCCGCUAGUGUUGGACGAAAGAGGGAAAAUUGAGCGAAAAAUUACCAAAGUACGCGAAAAAAUCACGAUGAACACGAUAGCACGAGAAGGAGAUGUAGAAGAAUACCUAAGAAUCACUAAUGGAGUCGACAACGUUGGAGACAAUCCUCAAUUGGCAAGGAUACGACAACAUUUUGAAAAGAAAAACAAGAAAUAUAGUCAGGAGGCAGAUCAGCUACAGAAGAAGUUGGAUGAGCUGGAAAGGAGGUUGGACGAAGUUAAUAGUGGCACUGAGACUCAAAAACAGUCUCAUCAUAGGAUGUUUCAUAAUGUUGGGCAUGGAAUUAAGUAAGUUAUUAGACAGUAGUUAGAGGAUCUUAUGCUAGACAUAGUUGUGCAAUAGUGUCGUAAUCGAUGUUUAAACGUUGUCAAAGGUUUCAGCUUAUAAUUUUUUGCAAGACAAGGCUAAGACCACAAAAAUAUUGUAAAAUAACGCCAUUAAAACCUUAUUUUAGGUCUGAAAUUUCACAUUUCUAUACCUAAAACAACAAAAUUUAUAAAAAUCUAAGACCUGUCUGAUUAUCAACUAAAAAACUAGAGACUUUUGCUUUUUUCGGAGAAUUUUGACACUUUUAAGGAACCAUAAAGGAAAAUCCCCAGCUCUUAAAAGAGAGCAAGAUCAAAAAAUACGAAAGACACGUGAGACACAUUCUGAUUCACAGACGUUUUUGAUCUGUCAACGAUUAUAACGUACGGUAGAUGGUCACUGAAAGGUUUAUAGUACAGUAGCGAAUAUAAAAUUGUAAAAUGUUGUAUUUAAGUAGAGGAAGAAGGUAUAAAGUUGUAAAAGGUUAUAUUGUAGUAGAGAAAAAUGUUAUGAAUUUGUAAAAAAAUUAUAUUGUAGCGGAUGAAAAUGGUAUAAAGUUGUAAACAACCUGAUAUUAGGUUGUUCAAAUAGUUCUGUGUCUUUCAUAAAGCCAAUUUUUUCAUUUUAGUGGCUCAGAAUUAAUUGAACAACUCAAUAUUAUAGUAGAUGAAAAAGAUCUCAAAUCGUCUACAAGUGAAGAUAGUAUGACAAGAAGAUGGAAAAAUGAAAAAUGGUGCAAAAAAAGCCAUAUAAAAGUGAAAAUUUUUCAGAAAAACGGGAGUAAAUCUGAAGGAAAUGACUGGAAGUGUAAUCAACGCACCCUUGGAUAUUGCUCAAAAAGUGAAACGAAACGUAUUUGGAUCGGCCGAUAACAUUCCAGUCGCCGUGGACAGUGGCGCUUCAAACGUUGGUCAGUCGAUUUUCUACGAAAACGGGUAUCAGCCACAAUCAACUGCUUCGCUAACUGAACCGUAAGUUUAUGGGUAUUAUUUUUGGCUGACAUAUCUUACUUAUCAACUAUUUAGAGGUAGUUGAGGGGUAAGAUGUGUAGGAAUGUUGAUAGGUAAGGAUAAGGGUUUUAUAUAGGUACUAGGGGGUUUUUAGGUAACAUUUUAGGUGUUUCUUUAUUUAAAAAAUUGGAGAAGGCAAAUUUGGAAUAUGUAAUUUUAAAUUUUAGGUAACAUUUAUAGAUAUACUUGAUUUUUAGUAGCAUUCUGAGUAAAAAUUUCAAAUUUUAGGUAAUAAUUGGUAUAAAUAUACGAAUUUUAUGUAAAAAAAAUUAAUUUUAAAAAUUUUAGAGAGCCAAAAAAGACCGUCCAAACUCCAAUUCGAAAUGAAAUCGAACCUUCAAAUCGCCUGUCAAUAUCACAUUAUGAUGAACAGGAGUUGAACAUCAAGCUCAUGAAGGAAAUCGAACAUCUCAAGUCACAAAACAGCGCGAAUAAACAUGCCUACGAGAAUUUGAAGGUAAAAUACGUUAUUUUCUUGUCUUUGUUUUAAAGGGCAAUAUUAUAAAAAGAUUGUGAUUUAACGAUAUUCUUUCAGAAAGAAUCAGAAAACGAGAUCAAGAAUCUUCGAGUGGAUUUAGUAGCUUCAACUUAUAAGAUCACGGUAAGUAUAGCCAAUAUUUUACUCUGUUUGUAACGACAGGUUUGGGCCAGUCCCAUCAGAGUCAUACUAAAGUGGUUUGACUGUAGUUAAUUUUUAAAAGUUAGUUAAACUAUAAAUUCAACACAAAGAUAUGCAUUUUUUAAACUUAAUAUUUUGCUUUUAGAAGCUCGAGCAAAGCUUAAACGAAACAAUGGAUUUACAUCAAAACGAAGUGAAACAACUGAAAAAUGAGCUGAAUCUAAUUGGCACAAGAAUGGACUAUCAAUAUAAUGAUAGGUUCAAGAAGAUUGAAGAGAGCAUCGAAAAUGCACAGAAUAGGGUAGGGUUUUAACUUUUUUUGCUUCACAUGUUCUAACUUAUAUUGUUAUAGGUAUCUUAAGGUGAUUACUCUUUUGUAGGUAUUCUAAAUUAUAUACUUUUUUAUUUUUGACAAAUGGUUAUCUUCUUAAUUGUCAGUUUUCUCUAAAAAGUUGAAUUUUGAUAUAGGUAUAAUAUAAUAUUUAAAAAGAAAGAUUUUAAUGUAAAUUUAGAUGUACCGAAUGGAAUCAAAUUGGCAUGAAAACUCGGAAAAACUACUGGGAGUAGGUACCUUCAAGUGGAACCAUGUUAUGUUAUCCUUUGCUAAUAUUGUGGUCGAGGUUCUGAAGAUUAUAUUGUACGUGGUGGCCGUGGUAUUGGAUUCAGUAAAGCCACUUACUGGUACUAGGUAAGGGAUUGUAAAAUACGACAAACUUAACAAUGCAUGUUACUAUAGUUUGUGUACUAAAAGACAUGUAGUUUAAUAUAAACGAUGUGUAGUUUAUGAGGUAUAACAUCUUCAAAUCAAUUUAAAAAACCAAACUUAAAUAUUAAAAUUUUCCAGAAAACGAGCCGGCUUCCUACUCCUAGGCCUGUUCUCAUUGUUCAUCAUAUGGAAUGUGUUUGGAGGAAAGUCAACGCCAGUGGAACUGCCAACUACAACACAACCGCCCAUGACUUGA